GCUCCUCCCGCGUCAGCCUCGGGUUUCCCAGGGGCCGCCGCCGCCGCCGCCACCUCUGCGGGCUGCAUGAGGAGGAGGAGGAGGAGGAUGUGAAGAUGGCGGAGCUGCAGAUGCUGCUGGAAGAGGAAAUCCCGGGGGGCCGCCGGGCCCUCUUCGACAGUUACACGAAUCUGGAACGGGUGGCCGACUACUGCGAGAACAACUACAUCCAGUCAGCAGAUAAGCAGCGAGCCCUAGAAGAAACCAAAGCCUACACCACCCAAUCCUUAGCAAGUGUUGCCUAUCUGAUAAAUACCUUGGCCAACAAUGUCCUACAAAUGCUGGAUAUCCAGGCAUCCCAGUUACGAAGGAUGGAAUCUUCAAUCAAUCAUAUUUCACAAACUGUUGAUAUUCAUAAAGAGAAAGUUGCAAGAAGAGAAAUUGGUAUUUUGACUACUAAUAAAAACACUUCAAGAACACACAAGAUUAUUGCUCCAGCCAACCUUGAACGACCAGUUCGUUAUAUUAGGAAACCUAUUGACUACACAAUUCUAGAUGACAUUGGACAUGGAGUAAAGUGGUUGCUUAGAUUUAAGGUGAGCACCCAGAAUAUGAAGAUGGGUGGGCUACCACGUACAACACCUCCAACUCAGAAGCCCCCCAGUCCCCCUAUGUCAGGGAAGGGGACACUUGGGCGGCACUCCCCCUAUCGCACACUGGAGCCAGUGCGUCCUCCAGUGGUACCAAAUGAUUACGUACCUAGCCCAACCCGUAAUAUGGCUCCCUCGCAGCAGAGCCCUGUGAGGACAGCUUCUGUGAAUCAAAGAAAUCGAACUUACAGCAGCAGUGGGAGUAGUGGAGGAAGCCACCCAAGUAGUCGGAGCAGCAGUCGGGAGAACAGUGGAAGUGGGAGUGUGGGGGUUCCCAUUGCUGUUCCUACCCCAUCUCCUCCCAGUGUCUUUCCAGCCCCUGCUGGCACUCCUCCCCUUCCUGCUACUUCUGCAUCUGCCCCUACUCCUCUUGUUCCUGCUAGUGUCCCCUCUUCCACUGCCCCAGAUGCUGCUAUUGGGGGUACACAGACCCUUGCUGAUGGCUUCACUUCUCCAACUCCCCCUGUUGUUUCUUCCAAUCCCCCUUCAGGUCAUCCUGUUCAGUUCUACAGCAUGAAUAGGCCUGCCUCUCGCCAUACACCUCCAACAAUAGGGGGCUCAUUGCCCUAUAGACGCCCUCCUUCGAUAACUUCACAAACAAGCCUUCAGAAUCAAAUGAAUGGAGGACCUUUUUAUAGCCAGAAUCCAGUAUCUCUUGCUCCUCCUCCUCCCUCCAUCCUACAGGUAACUCCUCAGUUACCUUUAAUGGGAUUUGUGGCCAGAGUCCAAGAAAAUAUUUCAGAUACACCACCGCCACCACCGCCUGUGGAAGAACCUGUCUUUGAUGAAUCUCCCCCCCCUCCUCCUCCUCCAGAAGACUAUGAAGAGGAGGAAGCAGCUGUGGUUGAGUACAGUGACCCUUAUGCUGAAGAGGAUCCACCGUGGGCUCCAAGGUCCUACUUGGAAAAGGUUGUGGCAAUUUAUGAUUAUACAAAAGACAAGGAAGAUGAGCUGUCCUUUCAAGAAGGAGCCAUUAUUUAUGUCAUCAAGAAGAAUGACGAUGGUUGGUAUGAGGGUGUUAUGAACGGAGUGACUGGGCUCUUUCCUGGGAAUUAUGUUGAGUCCAUCAUGCAUUAUUCUGAGUAAAGCUCAACAGGGUUGUGCUUUCCUCACAAGAAUAGUCAGGUCUUCUCAGAGUAUCCGAAGGCCCUGGGGAUUUCCCUCCAGUGAAAUAGAAUGAAGCAUAUAAAUGGUAAAAGCUACUUAUUUUAUUUCUUUUUGUUUAUACCCUAGUAUUAAAAAUAAGCCAAGUCUGAACAACUGGAUUUUUGCCAUCAUUUGUAUUAUGCUGAGCUGUAUGGAUUAAAAUAAAGUGACAGUUUCUGAAUAUGUGAAAAGUAUAACAACAUAAAUAUGUAGUUAAAAUAAAUUAGAUUGACUGAUUCAGAAAAAAAAAUCUGGGAUCUAUCUCAGGAAUAUCGCAUAUCCUUGGGAUUUCUUUUCCUGCGGAAUCUGUGGCAGUGGCUAUUUUUCAUUGCCCAUGCUAAGUAAGGGUUAGUCUUGUGGCCCAGUGGGUACCCUCAUUCCUUACUUUCUUCCAAAAGUAUGAAAAGGAAGGAACCAAUGUUUAAAUACCAUACUAACUAUUUUUAAAUUGUUUCAGAUGGCUCCCCCCCCCCUUUAACACUGUAAAUUCUACAUUCUUUUAGCACUUGACUGUGCCAGAUGAGUUAGUAUUGAACUCACUUGCAUCCUGUUAUGUUUCUGUUUGUAGUUUAUAAGGAUGAUGAAAUGUGAAAGUCUCCAACAUUCGGAGGGUGGUUAACAAUUGUUAAUAUGCUGCUGCAUGAGACUGCAUUGCCUCUAAUGGCCAAUGUCCCCGAUGUGAAGUAUGGUAGGCUGGGUCAUAUGCUGACGUGGGUGUGUGAAGCUAGACAUGAAGGUUCCUAAGGCUUUGAAGGGCACCCUUGUCUUGGAAGUCAGACCAACUAUCAACUACUUUUCUUUUGCUAGUUAGAGAAAAUACUCUUUUAUUUUUAUUUUUAAAGAGAAUAACAGUUGUUUUCAAGUCUCCUGACAGUCACUGGGAAUAAAAAGGCUGCUACUGUGCUCUGUGAACAUUAUUCCUGGCCAGUGUUAGCUGUGGCUGAGUCAUUUUUAUUCUCUCAGCUCUAGAAAAGGUAAAUAUUUAUUUAUCCGACUUUGUGUGCUCAGACUCUUUUGUAACUACUCAUAGUAAGACUUUGAACAUUCUGUGUCAGAGAGAAAGAAUAUCAUGGAAGAUUAACAGGCCAGAACUCUUAAACCAGUUACACUGAUGAAAAUCAGUAUAACAAAUAUGUUAUUUUUUCCCCAUCUAUAUAAUUACAGCUUUAAAUUCAGUGGAGUUUAUAGGUCUGAUAGCUUUAAUAAUCACCUCUGUAAUCAGCAUAAGAAAUACUGAAAAAAUAGAAAGGUUUCUUUGUAGUAGGUGAAUACUGUGGUGGGCCAGCUUGUGUCCAGGCCCAAAGCUCCAGUGAAUUGGCCAGAAUGGAUCUUUGCCAGGUAACUUCCUCUGCGGGUGAAAGUGGUAAUUGCUGUAUGUAUUUCAAAGGUGGCCUUCACAUGACGGGUAGUGCAGAUAGAAGGAUUUGGUUGCAAAUGAGCAAGUGUGGCAGUAUGUGAAGAAACGCAGAUGAGAUAGGCGGAAGUUAACAUUCCAUGUGUCAAUCUGAGCACAAACAUCAUCACUUAACUAUGGUCCAGCUCUUUUCUCAAGCCUUUUGUUGUUUUAAAAUUGAAAUUGUUAGCAACAGCUCUGUAGGCCAGGCUAGAACCUAUAAUGAUCCUCUUGCUUAAGCAAGUGCUGGGAUCAUAGGCAUGAAUUGUCACACCCAGCUUUUGGUUUUCUUAGUUUUUUUUUUUUAAAUAAAAACAUUGCAGAUUGGCUAUUUUGGUUGUAGAUUUUUUUCCAAACAAACACUCGGAUUCAGCUUUAACUCCCUUGCUUCUAGUACACCUUCUCUUUUGUGCUCUUGUUAGGUCAUCCUGACAUGUCUUAACCCUAUCUUCAAGGUAAUGGCCCUUUUAUACCCUGUGAGCCUUUAGUUCCAUUUUGGACCCAAAUAAGACUAUACAUGGUUAGGUUAAAAUCUUGUUGACUGGUAAUGCAACUAGGGAAACUUCUGAAAAUAGUUAACUCACUGACUUAUUUAAAUAAUUACUCUCUAACUUAUUUAAAUAGCCUUUUGAUGAGAAAACUUAACAUAGAGAAUGUUUUGAAAUCUGGCAAACAGCUAGCUCACCACUGCCGGAAACAAGACAGCUUCAGUGGAGCUGGGGGCAGGCAACAGGAGUGCAGCUUGUCUGCAGAAGCUUGACACUGGUGAGGUCUGUCCUUUGUGCUGAAGACCUGCAGUGGGGACACUCCAUGGGGCACUGAGGUUUUUGUAUUAUGUAGUACUGUUGUAACUCUUUUGCAUCUUUUUGAUUUUUAUAGUUUUGAUUUUAUAAAUUGUCUUGGAAGGAUGCUAUAUAAAUGAGCCAGGGCUACAGUAAUUGGAGGCUUUUAAUGUAGUAUUAUGUAGAUUGCAUGCUAUUAAUACCCUUUGAGGGUAUUUCCUAUUUUAUUGUAAGUUUCCUCCAUUUACUUAACCAUGCACUAACAGACAGCUGGUAAUAAGAUUUCAGAUGAAUUCAGAAAAUCUUAAUAUGCUACACAAUUAUUGGCCUAAAAUGUGCUGGCCAGUAAGUAGCCAACUUGUGAGGACAGAAGUAAUAUGAGGGUAUUACUUCAUGACACAUCUUGACUGUGUGGCCAAUCUCCCCGUCCCCCCAAAAAGUGCCAAUGUUUCAAAAUCUACAUCUGAGAAGAUUUUAGUCUGCUGUGUUUGGAAUGAGUCUUUAAAGAUACUUCCUUCAGUAUUUUCCAUCUGUUAGCUACAUCUGUCUUCCUCAGAGGCAUCUGCUGUCCCCAUCUUGGGGUAAGUACAGGACUUGAUUUUGCUAUGUUCUCCAGGUGACAUUUUCAUGCCCCUUCCUUCUUCCUGUUGCUGUUUAUUACCUAGCUAGAGAGAAUACUUUAUUGUCUACAAUGUGGCUGUACUCAUUAGCCAUUUUAAGAUAAUUAAAAAUUUUCUGUUUUGGAGGCAUCAAAAAGAAUACUUCGUCUUUCUUUAUUACCUUUUCUGUUCAUGGAGCCCACAGGGCAUGUCCUGAAGGCCACUUUUGCCUCUGAAAAGGGCUCUAAUGGAGGACUUGGCAGGUGACUGCCAAAUUUCUGAAAUAAGUGGGGACCUGUUUACUUCUGAACAGCUUUGACCAAGAACUGCUGAUUGGCAUGAAGGUGUUAAUUUCCUUAAUACUAUUUACUUAGAAUCAUACCAUUUUAGAGCUAGGUGAGUUUUUAAAUUUUUUGUUUCAUUUACCAAUGAGGUUAUUAGAUGCUUUGUUUCAGAUGAACAGCUAGUUAAUAACAGUAGUUGUUGAUUGUGCUCAGUACUCUUUCCACUGCACCAUGGCUGUCCCAACUGUGUUUUUUCCCCCCCUUAGUAGAAAAUUAAGAGUUUUACUUGGUCAGAAAUAUACUUGAAAAGACAUGUCAUUUUGAUAAAUAACCAUCCAAGUAUUCAUACUGCUUAAAGGAGGAUAUUACAUGCAAUCUUAACUGGUGAAAAUAAUCAUUUACCCUUUCUAAAACUACACAUACUCUUCCAUGAGGUGUGUGUAGCAAAAAAAUGUAUUAGUUCAACACUGGCAGGAGCACAGCAAACAGCCUUAUUUAGGGGGCCUUAUAAAACAGUUAUUCAGUGGAGGCAUUGAGCUCAUUAUUUUUUAGUUUAUUUUGUGCUUUGUUUCAUUGAGAAUCUCUAUUUAAAACAAUUACAAAUGAAAUGACAGGGCCUAGCUGUGUAAAUGAUCCUUGCAAAAUAUCUUAAGGUUUUUUGUAAAAAAAAAAAAAAAAAAAGCCAACAAAAAGCUUAUUUUCACAUUAAAAUGAAACCUCUUUUGCAACUUCAGAAUUCUAUGGAAAAGCAGUUUUUAUCAUAUUUUGUGUCCGUGUACCUUUUUUUCUUAACAAAAUGGUUUACAAAAAAGAAUGUAAGCAAUUUAUGAUCUGGCCAGUUACACCUUUUAGCUCCCAGAGCAGAAGUUGGUGGUACUGAGUAAAAACCAUUCAGGCAACUUGAGGGAGCAGUCUGUUGCCAGUAAUGUUCUUGUGUGUGCCAUUAAACCACCUCCAGAUGAGUGAGGGAACAUUCACUUUUUAAUUUUUUAAUUGUAUUUGAAAUUAAUUAUUGCUGUGUACUAAGAACUUGACCUAAAUAAAAUCACACAAAGUCUA